AUGGUUUGAAGUUGGACAUUUGCAUCAACGCAGAAUUCAACUCGAACAAGAUAGAUGAGUAUAGAAUGGAUUGUGAGCGCAAGCUGACCAUCGCUUACCAGGACAUCCCUGGGUUCAUCAAAGUGACAAUACUUGAUGUAAGACGAAAAAGUGUGAUAUGUCCUCACGAGGUCAAAUUCGACGCCAUCGAAGUUCAGAGAGAUGGGAACAUGGCUGACGUCACCCGCAUCAUCGAGCAUGAGGUGCUGAAGAAAGCAUUACCGUAUCUCAGAAACGUUACUAUUGCUAAUUGCACUGUGAAUGAAACCAAUUUCAAGAAUAUAUUACAGGAAGCUAGCGAACGUGCUACUGACGACCCGUGUAGUGUAGUGGAACUUGACUGUCUUCCUGGUUUCAACUGCAACUCGUCAGACAAUGCAAAACUUGUCUGUCUGUCAGACUGUGAGACGGAAACCGGCCGUAAGAAAUGCGGAAGUCAUGGCACAUGCACUCUGAGCAGUAACGGGAAUAUGACAUGCGUUUGCACCGAGACUCCAAACGAAAUUUACAGUGGACACGACUGCAGUAUUCGGAUGGAGAAAUUCCGUUUAGAAAAGAAUAAAAUAAUCGCCAUUGGAGUCGGAGCUGGGGGAGGCGUUCUCCUCGUUUUAAUAAUUAUCAUCAUUAUCCUGAUUCGCAAACUACGGAAGUCCAAGAACAGACGCAGAUUCAACCUUAGAGGAUUUGAGGAGGUGGAAAACUUCUCAUCAAGGGAGUUAACCAGUAUCCGAGUAUCAGACCUGGAGUUACGGGACUCAGCGCGGAAAAACACCAAUCCUGGCAGGACGGCUAUCAAUGGCAGAUAUAAUGCUGCAUGUAUUAAUAAGCUUUAUUCCGGUGAGUAUGGUGCUACAGUAGACUCGAGAUGGAAUGUCCACACUCCAAGUCCACACAGCUUCGAUGAUGACCAAAGCCUGGACGAGGCAAGAUUGGAACAGAACUUGCGCACGCUACAGCCAAUAGGAAAGUGCAUCAUAGAGAGGCCUAAAUUCUCGUUUCAAAUAUAGACGAUCAGAAAUCAACCGACACGGGACGACAGCAUGGCUUCAUGCAAGUAUAAUACAAGCCAAUUGGCAAAUUCGAUGAGUGCCGUCAAAAAUAUUGUGAUUCGAGAUAAUAAAUGGUAAAAUCUAGCCAGCCUUUAUGAGGACAUUUUAGCUUCUUGGAAAUUAAUUUUAUCACCUUUUUACAAAAGACACGAUUCACAUGUUUUGUUUUUUUACAUUUCCCUUAAUAAUGUUAUGGUUACGGCACAACAUCUUGCAAAAAAUUUAUCAGUUCAUAAGAGAACAUUAGUGGGAUACCUUAAAGGUUAAUAACUUCAAAUCUGAUUUUUAGUUUUAUUUAUCAUUCGAAGUCGUGUUCUGCUAUAUACGAUUUGUCUAUACACCGGCAGAAGCCUGAUGGGUAUAAGUAUACUGGUCAGAUUAUAUAUUGUGUUCGGCCUUGAGCUUUCUAUGAUACAUACCGUAGGUGUCACGGAUAUCACGUCAAACAUUGAUGAUUGACAUCCCCCCGGUCCUGUAAAUCAGCCAAAAGGGAUAUCUCAUCAAGUAUGACGAAAUUUAUCUGUUUAUGUUAUGA